AUGAUAAAAAUCGUACAAUGGUAGAUAGAGAUUUAAACGAUAUUGAUAAUCAGUUGUACGAAGAUUUAAAAAUUUUAUUCUUUACACUUGGAAUUGAAAUAGCCCCAUCCAUUAAUGAAUAA